CAGUCAACGGAAACUCAGAGGGCCUGGCACACAUCACGUGAUGUACGGCAACGGUAAAAACGUUUCUUUUCGUUCCGCCGUUCCGCGUCAUACGGUAUCUUAGCUCUAGACCCGUUCAUGUCGCCUACAGAGUCCGUCACCGGGGCCAUAGAGGAAGAGGUCGACCACCUCACCAAGGACAACGUCGACAGUACUGACUCUGACAUUCGUUACCUCGCGUACGGUGCUCGACUACGAACCGCACUUCGGGCCUCUACUCGGUAUAUUGCCUAUACAAGCGAUGUCGGAGAGGCCUUUAGACCAGUCGUGCCGCCAUGGGUAGUGACGGCUGCAUACGGCGUUUCGUGGCUCUAUCUUGGCGGGGACGUUGCAUACGAGUCCUAUAAGGCCCAUCGACGGGGACCUUCGGCAGUCGAGGCGGCUCACUUCUCAGAGCCGACGAGAUUAAGUCUCGUUGCAGUUCAGCGGGCAGUUUUCCAGUCGAUUGCAUCGAUGGGUCUUCCUGCACUGACCAUUCACACCAUUGUUAAACAAACGAAGAAGGUCUUCGUCAAUGUCCAGAAUCCUAAACUGAAGGCAUGGGGUCCGACUAUGUCCGGUCUUGCUGUUGUUCCUGCUCUGCCAUAUCCUUUAUGACCAUCCCGUGGAAGUCGCGACGGACAGGGCGUUUGACUGGAUCAAAGAGAAGCUGGCUGAGGCGGGAACACGCACAGGGAAAGGGGAUAAGGAACUAUGAUAUACGU